AUGGCAGAAGUCCAAGCACAACCUCGGCCCCACAAGCAAAAAGUAGGUACUCUGGAUGGUUUCCUGGCUGGAAAUGCGUCUUCGACCCACAAUGCCAGAGAAGAAAAGACUCGAAAUGAGCACAAGAAAGAAGCUAAAAAUGGCACCACCACUACUAAAGAUGCCUCUGCUGCAGCGCCGGCUCAAAAUGUUGGUGAAGAUGGGGCCGUUGAUGCGGUGGUACCAGCCGUCAAAAAGGAUCAGCUUGAGUCCACCAGCAACCACGGGGCUUCCACCAAACGCGUCAAACCACGCCAUGUUUCUGGCAAGGAUCCCCUUAGUCAAUCCCUUCAUAUCCCGAGACCGUCGGCACUCAGCGACAAGGAUCGUUCCUCCUCGCAGCCCCUUUCAAAAUCCAAAAAUCGGUCGGCCAUUCCGCGUUCGCAAUCCUUUCACAAAAAAGACGUCACGACCGGCAGCAACGGCAACACAAAAGUCAAAGAUCGACGUAAGUCCAACGCCAUUCCACGGAGCAAAUCCUUUGAUGGAGGAGAAGGCCCGUUAAAACGGAUACCCCGCAAUCCACAGAGAAACGCCCUCGAUGUCAGUACUACCAGUGCCGGUAGCAAACCAUGCUUUCCCAAGAAUGCGCCACGCAGGGGAAGCAGCGAUUUGAGUGUGGAAGGAGGAGGAGAGAAAAAGAAGCGACCCUCGGCAACUGGAGCCACGUUGGAACGACAAGGUUCGAAGCGAAACUCCAUGGCAGAUGCCAAGCAACAACAAUCCUCACAGAAAAAAUUGGGAGAGAAGCAAUCCUCACAGAAAAAAAUGGGAGAAAAACAAUCCUCACAGAAAAAAAUGGGAGAAAAGCAAUCCUCGCAAAAUCGGGUUCGAAGAACACCUUCCAACAAAGAAAAGCCAUCCAUUGACAGCAAAGACAACAAUGCAAAGUCGGCUACUACUACUACAAAGGCUCCCAAACGCACCAAGUCAGGGAGCAAGGCCAAACAAUCGUCGACGGCAGAAACCAAAAAGCCCAAUGCAGAGGCAGGUUCACAGGCCUUUUCGGCGGACGUUGCAGAGGGAGGAGACGAAAAGGCGUGUGGUGCACCCUUUCAAGCGUCCUUUGACAAUGUCAUGGCGCCCCUCAAUCAGAACGUUUCGGAUAAUGAGAAUGACGAUGAUGACGACGAUGAUGACACUUAUCGUGAGGAUGACGCUGCACCAGUUGGAAUCAUGCAAUUUGAUCCCUCCGCCAUGGAUAACGUCAAAAUAUGCCGGGGGGACUCCAUUGAUGAAUUUCCUUCGGAUAUGGGAUGCCCUGUCGAUAUGGGUCUUGGCGACAUUUUGCUGGGCGAGGAAGAGGAACAGAACGCGCAGGACGAAACUGCUACCAGACGAGGAGCAGACGGCAACAACCGAGGAAGAUCCACUAGUCCAUAUCGAAACAAUGGUGACGAUCCACAAGAUGCAGACGCAGAUAAAAAAGCUGGUCGAUGGGGCCUAGGAUUCAGAAAUUUCAAAAUUAAGAAAUCCAACAGCUUCAAGUUUUCCAAAUCGGGACAUAAUCAAGAUGACGAGGAACAAACCACCACCAUGUCCACGGUUGCCAUGCGAUUGAUGGGCAUUUCCCCCACGGGUCAUCAGCAACUGGGAGGUGAUGGUAUGGAUGACAGCCUGUUCGAUAACUAA